CCAAAAGUUUGUUCCCAUAACAGCAACAGCUUCUUUAAGCGAAGAAGGUUGAAAUUUUCAAAUCCGAGUGAUUGUGCCGAGUGUUAUAGAAAUCAGCUCUUCCAAGGGUUGAUUGAGGAGAUUAAACACCGGCCAUGGAUUGUGCGAACUUUGCGGGCUAGCUGUAUUUUCAGCGUACCACAUGCUUAUUCGCCGCCGACAAUUGACGCUUUUGGUUGGGGGACCUUGAAUUGCAUGUGGGAAGGCGAAAUAAUUCUAAUAUCUUGUCGACCUUAUUGACUGCUUGUGGAAGUUCGGUUGCAAUUUUGCGUUCAAGUUGACUGUGAAUGUUCUUCCUAUUAAGCCCUAUAAAUGGGCUGUGCUCCUAGCAUACACGUCUCACAAUCUGGAGUAUUUUAUUGUAGAGACGACAUUCGCGAAGGAUCAAGCCCCCGACCACGACCAUCUUCACCCAGUGAGAUUGUCGGCCAUAUUCGCACAAGCUCCGACUCUGGUUCGCAUAUUUCUUCUUCAUCAUCAUCUCGCAAUCGUGGAAUUAUCAAAAAGGGGCAAAAUUCACACAGAGGCAGUUCUAUCGAAGCAGAAACUCAGACGUACGACCCGAGUACUAUGGAUGACGAGGUAAAAGACUGUUAUUUUCCCGUUUGGGCUCAGUGGUCGACUUCUGUUAGCGAUUAAAAACUGCUUUGCGGACAUUUUCCUCGAAAUUUGUUCUUUCUUGCUCACAAAUUCCGUUGAUAUUUUUUGUUUGGAUAUUUCUAUUAUAGAAUGAGAGAAAGGAAGUUUUGCUGGGACCCAUGAAGUUAUAUCAAGCACAAAUGCAGGUACGAUUCAUAAUUCGUCUUUUUCUAAAAGCAAAAAUAUACAAAGCUGGCUGUGACUCGCGGCUGCGAUGCAAGUUAGAGAUCAUGUACUUGCUUGCCUUUUUUUCUCUUUUCAGCUAGUUGAGGUUAUUCAGCUCAUUUUUUGUAUUUAAUCGGAUCAAACUUCUUCAAUGUACGACCUGAAUACUUGUGUGUUUGUGUUUUUUAAAUAUAUAUUUCGGUAUAGAACCCAACAUAUUCACUUCGUACUUUUAAGUUUAUUCGAAGCGAAGCCAAAAGGCGCUUACAUUCGAACUAUUCUCCUGUGUUUCCAAGACAUGUUUUCGCAUCUUAAAUGGUCAUCGACUUAAAUUUUAACCUCUUCUAGCAUGGUGGCAGCACUUUACAAUCUUUACGGUAAGGGGGAGAAAUCCUCACCGAUAUUUGUACGGCCAACCCAGGGUUUUUUCCACGUCGAGCGUGUAAAAAGAUUGGUCUAUUUUUUGUUUACAAAAGAUCUCGUCGUGUGAAUGUCUGUGGCCCCCUUUUGCUUGAAUUUUUUGUCGCGUUUGGCUUUUAACAGGAUGCCACCGACUUGUUUUCGCAGAAACGUUUUCCCCAGCGCUGCUAGUUCUUUCUGCCGGCUCUUCGAGACAGAUUAAUGAAAGCUUCUCUAGCUUGAAAUUGAUUACGCCAACGUUUAAUGCGUAAGAAUCUUUCAUAUGGAAUGCGCCGUCAAAUUGAAGAAACCGCAAUUAUACAUGAUAUUUUGCCGGUUCUAUUCAUUCUCUUAGCGCUUCAAAAGUCGAGGUUUUGAAUGAAACUGUGUUUUCAGAGUGUUAGUCCAUUUCAUGACCUCAAGUUGACACUGUUUUGCGAUUUUUGUUGUGGUUGCCAGCGAAUAGGUGGAAUCUUCAGAUGCAUUUAUAGUGGUUUUGAGCAAAAUAGAGUUAAAAACAUUGUGUAAGGAAGAAAAAAGCACUCGGAUCUUCGUAAACAAACCAAGCACGAGCUCUUUUGACUUGAGAUUUGAAAGUUUCCGUGCGAACUUUUGAUUUCCUUUACAAUCGAUAUGAAGCCUAAAUAUUCUUCAUUACAUCUUGCAUCAGAUCUCGUGAAGAAAAUAAAGAAAUUAAGUUUUUUAAAAGGCAGGACUAAAAACUCAUAUGGAAGGUGCUUUGGAAAAUUUCGCCAUUCGUUGAUUCAACUUAAGUUUAUUUCAACAUGUAUGGACUGAAACUGACAUUCGAAAGAGAAAUCUACAACUCGUCUCUUGCGCGUGGACAUAAAUUCGCAACAGUGAAAUAAACAGAGAAUUGUGGGUGCGCAGAGUAUUAUUUUAUACAGCAUGUUCUACAAAUUUCACCUUCUCUUCAAGGUGAUAACGGACGAUAGUACAAUAUACAGCUCUACCAUGUUUUGGAUGCUAUAUGCUAGAACGGUUUCUGCGAAACAAUUGACUCGACUCCUUUUAUGCAAAUCAGGCAUGUUCUUAAACCUUGCGAGAAACAUUACUUAAAUGUAGGAGAAAAAUAUCUGGUCUGGUUAUGUGUUAAGUUGACUCUAGGGAUUCCUUUAACAGUAAGCUUCAUUCAAGCAUGUCCCAAGUGUUAGUUUUAGGGUGUCAAGCUUGCUUUUCAGUAUCAAAACAGCAAAAUAUGGAUCAAUGCACUGCUAUCUUUUUGGUGAGAAUGUAAGAGUUUUUUUUCUGCUUGUCACAUUCAGUGUUGAUUCUGUGUUCUCACUAUAUUUUUAUUUACCGCAAAAUUUUGGAGGAUACAAUUCAAAGUGCAUGCGUUGAUAAUUGCCAGUGGAAUGGUUUCCACAGGUUUUGCUAGAUUGGUGAAAGUCUUUUUUUUUGUCUCAGAAACUCUUGAGACUGUCUCAGUUAAAUGUCACUAUGUCUUAAACUCUUAGAAGUGCUUCCUGCUUAAUUUAUUUGUAUGUAAGGUUGAAAUUGAGAAGUUAGGUUAAAUGUUCGCUGUCAGCAGUUUCGACUUCAUUAAAAAAAAAACAGUAAAAGUGUAUGAGCAUUUCAAAGCCUAUUUGAAUGGUAUUUGUUCUGAGUUGAUGCUAGGAAUUUUAUCAUCAGACUAGGACUUAUAUUUUAAAAAAAUGUCAAAAUAAUAUUACAAAGAAUAUGUUUAUACAGGAUUAGUACAGAAGUUAAAAAACUGCUAUUCAAGGCUGCACUUAAAAGAAAAAUUAAAGGAAGCCCUGUUUUCUGAAUCUGUGAAAUGCAGGUGCCCAGUAUGUUUUCUAUGGAAAAAACCCCAGGAUUUUCUAGUUGCCUAGGAGCAAAAGUUAGGUACCAGUGGCCACCUCCUUGGCUAUCAUUGCAGGUCCUAAAACAUGGCUUAUAACUACAGUCAAAUCACGAUAAUUCGAACCUUCAAGGGAAACAGAAAAACGUUCGAAUUAUCGGGAGUUUGAGUUAUCAAGGGUAAAAUUAUAUAAAAAAUGUUCUGAAGGGAAAUGAAAGGUUUUCUGAAGGGAAAUGAAAAUUGCUUCGAGUUAGCGGGAGGUUUGAGUUGUAGAGGGUUUGAGUUACCGGGAGUCGACUGUAACCUGUUAUGAGUUGUGGAGUUAUAAUUUUGCCAUUGGCUACGUUAUGAACAUGGUGGUGCUUUAAAGCUAUCAUAUUUGAACCAAAAGACACUAUUUUAUUAAUCAAAUCUUGAAAGGAAUGUAUGUUAUGGUAGGUAACAUUUGUGGUUAAAAGCAAGAUGUGCAUAUAGUGUAAAUAUGUAGAUAAAUUUGUUUCCACGAGUUAAAAAAUGUAAAUGUCAAAUUGAUUGAUGACUGGUCCAACAAUUUCAUUUGGAUUCAUUGGGCUUCAAAUAUUUCGCAGAGGUGCCAGCAUUCAUUCUAAUUAUGUUCCUGUGCAAAUUGGGCUCUUAAAAUGCCCCCAGAUGUAAACAAUGGAACAAAACAGAAAAAAAUCCCAGCCCACCACGUUGUCCCAGUUUCUUGCUAACUUGGUGUACGUUUUGUUAAGGUUGAAGAAUCACACUGUUAAGACCACUGUAAACCUUGUUUAAUAAUUAUCAUUUACAAAGUUUAUGACAUUAACUCACUUGCUAUGUAAAAGUGGCUGUGUCACGGCAGUCUACUUCAUUUUGGUAAUAUUGCCAAUUUUACAUGUCCUUAUUCAGGAUGGAUCUUACACUGUAACAUUAGCGACAGAAUCACAGGCAAAUUAGAAAAUCACAUUUUCAUGUCAGACUGAAUACCAUAAACUUCCAAUUAUCAGCCCUGGGGGAGGAGGGAGGGGGGCAUUUAUAACUGGACUAAAAAAUGUGUCGGGGGGGGGGCUUAUAAUCAUAAGUUUAUGGUAUGUCCAAGCAUGUUACAGACAACAAAAGUAAACUUUAAAAAAUAUUUAGACUAACCACUUUUCAAAAACCACAAUUUUCAAUCCAUUUUUAUCUUCAAGUUUGUCCAUGCGUGCCUCCCUUUGUGCUUGUUGUGAUAUUUAUACUUUCUUGUAAUGUUUUGAGCUGUCUUUUUUAUGUUCACUCAAUCCCACUAUCUGAAAGUUAACGAAUUUCGUGACACAGCUCCUUUAGGGUUGUUCCUUAAAAGUGUUCAGGCAUCUUUGCUGCAUACAAUUUCUUUUGAUUUGUGCCCACAUUAAAGCUUUUGCCCUUAAGGCUGGAGCUCAUCAAAUACGUAAAUCUUCAUUUUGCCUUAAAUUAGUCUUAACCUUUUUUUUUCUCUCCCUCCUUUUUUGAAACUAGCGGUAACUUUCUGUCCUGAAUAGUACGGAAUUUUUUCCAUUGUAGAAAAAGAAACAAUCGUCGGAAGUGUGUUCAAAGCAUGUACUAUUAAAAUUUAAUAUAAUCAUACUGGUUUUUCAAGGAAUCAUGGUGUAUAUGCAAGUCCCUCCUCUGCUCCUAACAAGGUUGGGGACCCCUGAUUUUAUUUCAAAAUUUAACCCUUUCACCACUGGCUAUUCUGAAGAAAAAGCAACAAAGACACUGACAGUUUUUAAAAUGAAAAAAAAAAAAAGAAAAAAAGCAUACAAGUUUCUGAAAUGAAAAUUAAUUUGCAUGUACUGCAAACCCCAUAAGUAAUUACGAAAUACGUCAUUACAAGGAGAAUUUUACAGUAAACAAAAGAACCAAAACAGUAGUAUUGUUUAUUUCAUUGAAAAUAUUCCCAAAUCCAGCAAAAAUGCUGCACACAUCUUACUGAAGGAAGUUAGAUCUAACUUAAAGGCUUUGCAGUAGGAUUCAAGAGAAUAUCUUGUUUUUUAUGGUUCAUAACAGGUUCAAAUAUCUUUGAUGGCUUCAGCAGUCAUCAAUUGUACAAUUGUGAAGAUAUUUUCUUUUUCUUAUUUAUUUUUUUGUUAAUUAAUAAUUUUAUGAAACCAAAGGAAAAAGGGCAUAGUUAAUACAACUUAUCCCUGGCAAUUUGUGGCAAACUUUCCUCUGGAAUAUUCUCUUCCUGUCUGAUUGUUGUUCAAAUGCAGGGAAAAAUGCACUGAAAGUUUUCUUGUCCAUCUUUCUUUCUAUGCUUUCUUUAUCUUUCAGAUUGUUGAAACAGGCCACCAUUCUGUUUUCAAAGCAUGUCCUUUCACUUGCAUUGAUUAGUUUUCCAAAUAUGGAAAUUAGAGCCCAGUCAUAUCCUAACUAAGAGAGCUGCUUUGUUUGGCCCAAUAUCCACAAUAACCUUGAAGCCACAAAUUUAUCAGUUUUAUCAUAACUGUUCAUGUGUUCUUCAGAUAAAGGAGUUACCUUACCAUUGUAGCUCUUCAGAACCUCUAAUUUAAUUAGACCCCUAUAGGUUGCAGCUGUUUGGUUUUUGGGAUACGUUCCAUUGUUAACUUUGUUAUUUCAUGUUUUCCUAACCAAUCCCGUGGGGUUGUCUGAGAUCUGCAGAUUUCCAGUGCGUAGUGUUACAGACACCCUCUAUUUGCGCCAGAAAACUGCCUUAUGGUGUUGAAAGUGUUAAGUGACAAUAGUAAAUCUACUGAAAAACAGACAAAAAAUGUGCAACUUGUUCAGACUAUAACAUUGCUGCAAAAUAAGUUGAAAGGCUAUGUUUUGCAUUUUACCAUCCAUGUUCAUACUUGUCUUUCAACAAAGCAGGUUGUUGCAAGUUGUGGGUUUACUAACUUUUGACUGGUCAAAAUUAUACAGGAGUCAUACCAUACACAGAAUUAACAUCACUUGCUGCAAAACAAGUUUGCCUUGGAGGGGUAAAACGUGCAACAUGUACAGAUUUUGUUUUAAAAAGAAAACUUUUUUCUGCUUUUGCAACAACUUUUUGCAACCUGCAACGACCUAAUUUGUUGAAGGACAAGUUUGAUUCAUGGGUGUUAUAAUGCACAAAAUCACUAUUCGGCUCAUUUUCAGCAAUGUUGCAAAACAAGUUGCACGUUUUUGUUGCCCUUUUUACGGUACCUUAAACCUUUAACCCCCAAGAUCAAAAUUUGAAUUCUCCUUUGUUCCCUCAAUUCAUUUCCCACAGAGGUCGUAGGGAGAAGUUGGUAAUUUUCAAGCAAAUUUAUCACUCUGCAAACUUCUUGUUCUUAUCACAGAUCAUGCUGGUGUUUUCAAAGGAAGAUGCCCAAACAGACAGCUUCGUUCACGCUGCUGAAAGAGGAGGAUAUGUGUGUCAGAUCUGUAAAACAUCUGAAGAGGCAAUGGAGCAGUACAUUAAUGUGCAGCCAGAUGUAAGAAUGCCUUCCAUUUCAAUAGUUAACAUUGAACAUAUAUUUUGAAAGGUCGUAGCAUAAAGUAGAAACCUGGUUGCAAGCAAGCUGGUUUUCCUUAAAUUCCAAAAUGUUAGUCAUCAGUUAUUUUGAAAAAGAGAAAAAGCAGUUUGAUUUAGUUUUACCACGCUUUUUGAGAGAAAGUUCCUACAAACUUACAAGUUUUUAUUUUUUUAAGAAUGUGUACAUUACAAACGUUUGAUCUGUCUCAAAGUAAACUAUGGGGGAUACUGAAAUGGGUCAAGGCUACGCUCAAAGAAAAAUUAAAUAGAGCCCAGUGCUCUGAACCUGUGAAAUCCAAGGUGCCUAGCAUCAAAUUUUUAUGAAAAAGCUAAGAUUUCCUUAUCAUCCAAGAACAAAAGUAAGGCAACAGAAGCCACCUGGCACUGCUUGAGCACAGCCCUUUGUACAGGUAUAUGACAUGGAAAUUAAUUAAAAUCCAAGUUAUCACCCAAUUACAUCUGUAUUUUGCUUUCAUGUAAUCUGCAUUUUUGACUCUCUUCUUUUUGUUUUUCACUUUGUGACCUUGAACUUCAGUGCUGUCAUUCCAUUGAAUUACUUCUUGGCUCAUAACCACAAAAAUGAUAUUUUCAAGAGAAAAGAACCUGCUUUCAAUGAGGCAAAAUUAACAACAGCUUGUUAUUGCCACAUUUUCAUGUGUUGAUGUAUGUUAAUGCACAUGUGUGUUGAGUUUGUAAAGCUAAAGUAUGCAGAUAUUUAGUUUUUUUUGUUUACCUCUAUGCAAAAGGGUUUUUUUUCCUGUGGUGAAAAUGUUUAUUAGCUUGAAAAAAAUAUCUUUGUCUAGGUAAAGUGACUGAAGUGCUUCACACAACUGCUUUAUUAGUCUCUUUCUUCAGUGUUAUUUACAAUGUGGUAAAUAGUGGUUUAAUCACAUGAUUGUGGUUAAGGUUAUGCUAUCCAAAGAUAAUCAGUUAUCUAAUGGCAAAGGAAUUUAUACUAAAAUACAAGGUCUAGUAACAAACACUACAUUUUGGAUUAAUGUUAUGAAUAAGGAAAAAUCUCCUCUAGUGUAAAUCUAGCUUUUCACAGAUCUUUGUUUGAUAGGGUUUGGCUUUAUAUAUUGUAGUGGAGUGAAAGAUUUAAAACAACUUUAUCCGUAAGAUAUGAACAUGAGUAUUCUUGCUGUGAAAAGAAAUAUUAUGGUUUAAGUAGUUUUCUGGCUGAGAUUAGGCAUCAUCCUAAUUUGUCUUCUCCUUAACCAAUAACUAAGAAUGAUAUGAAUGACACCCUGGAAAUCACAUCAAUUUAAUCCCUUAUUUACCAUUUGCCUAAACUAAAACUAGUCAAGCCAGUCAGGGCUGAGAAAGUUGCUUACCCAGGGCAAAAUCUACUUGUAUCAGUGGAUGGUAUUCAUACGAGGCUCCAAAGCUCAAGAUAAUAGGGAGCUUAAGCAACAACGUUUUUGAGCGACGCACAUCAACCGGAAGUGGCCUUUUUUCAUUUUUUGACGGUGGUUUCGUGCAAAUUUUCAGUCAAAUUGCCUCUAUAACAGUAAAGAAGCUAAGGAAUACAAAUUUUAUAUCAUCAAGGCAUAUUAAGAGGGAAAACACCUCACUUCCGGUUGACGUGCGUCGCUCAAAAACGUCGCUGCUUAAGCUCCCUACUAAAACAAAACAAAUGGUGUUGAGAUUGGGGGAUCCAUAAUUUGAUUCUUCCGCUUUAUUCCCCUCAGCUCUGGAGCCAAUUCCAAGUUGCUCUAAGCCUCUGUUUUAACCCUUUAAGCCCCAAUAUCCACAUAUAAAUUCUCCAUAUUGAUCUUCAUACAUUUCUUUAAAUAAUUAGUUGAGAGAGCUUGAUAACAGAUCAAAGCAUUUUCUCUUUACUGGUCAUUUUAUUAACUCUCAUAACCAUUUCUCUUGGCAACAUAUGGAUAUUGUUAGGAGAAACUUGAUGUUGGUCACUAUUGGGACUUAAAGGGUUAAAGAGAGGCUUAGUGUGAAGCUAUUGAUCUGAAAAGGAUUUUUUCAAUCUCGUGCAAAUAAAUCUCAUUUUCACAUGAAAGGUUUUGCACUUAGCCUCAUUUUUUAAACUGAGAGUUUUAGGAACUCAGAAACGGCCUAUUUUAAUUGCAAACUGGCCUAUUCCAGAAUUAUAUACAGUAUGUAUAUUACUAAUGUAAUUAAUGUACUGAACUUGCUUUAGGUAAUAUUCAUUGACAUGAGAGGAAAUUCAGUCAUUGAUGGAGAAAGACUUUGCAGGUAUUUUUUAAAUUUACCCCCCAGACUUUUGGAUCAUCUAUGAAUUGAUAACAAAGAUACUAUGAAGAAGGUUUGGGUAUAAAAUCUACAUCACCAGAAAAAUUUGUGAAGUUUAGCUUCGAGUCUCCUCAAAAAUUAGAACUUAGAUCAAGAGGCCAAGUCAAACACUAGGGUUUAGUGGGACCUCCAUGUGCAUCCACCUCUUGUAAGUUACUGCCUGUUAUAGGUGACCACACCUGUAAUGCUAUGGUUUCAGCCUUUCAUGAAUGAACAGCCAUCAUAGGCCAUCAUCAAGGUUGUGCUCUAAGGAAAAAUGAGGGGAACCCAGUGCUCUAAACCUUUAAAAUCUAGAGUGCCCAACAUAAUAAUAAUAAUAAUGAUAAUAAUGGUUUAAUAUCACUACAUCCAUGGUAUGGCUCUUCGCCUGAUAUAAAAGUAAAAAGAGGAAAUUAACAUACCGGUAAAUCUGAAUUAUGAAUUUGUAAAAAGCUAGGUAAUAAACAGUAAAAUGUAAUUAUACAAUAUAUAGAUACAUUAUGUAAAACUAGGCAAGAAAUCAUUCCGCCCUAUUCCGGCAUCGCUCCCUUAAAAUACAUAAUGUUUGCUCACUGAAGGAUUUCAAAUUAUCACAACAUUUAACAUUGGAUGGCAGAGAGUUGAAGAGGGCUGCCACGCUAUACUGAAAAGUGUCCGAGGCAUGGGGAAUAACUAGAUUUAUGGUACUUGAUGACCAUAAAUUUCUAGCAUGUCUUACUUGCUCAAGCUGAAAGUUUCUGGGCCAAUCAUGAGAGUAUAUAGCCAACAUGUGAUUUGUAUGAAAAAAGGAGAGCCCUGUAUUACACUAUCAUACAUAUUUAAAGUCCUUUAUCACCACUUAAGUGAACCUAGUUUAGUGGUCUUAGCUCCCACAAGUCUCCUGUAGCUCAUUGGUAGAGCAUCUAGACGAGUAACCGGAACUAAGGUCAUAGGUUGAGCUACUAUUGGGAGUAUUCUUAUUUAUUCUUGUGAGCUGGCUGUGUCACUGACGGAAAAAUCAUCAUUCUCAAUGCACAUAAUUGUAGUUACAGAUGUCCAGUAAUCCUUUUAGAGGAUGAUAACUUCUGUGGCAUAAUAUUAUGGUAAUUAAUAGAAAUUAGGGAGUUCCUAAUGAAAUUUAUGCAUGCUUUAUAUUUCUACCUUUAGCCCAAACUGUGCAACACAUACAAUUUAUCAUUUUCAUUCUUUUAAUUUGCAACCAUUGUCUUCUUGCUUGCUCUUAGAAUCAUACGAGCAAAGGGUCCACGAGAGAACUCUAUAAUCAUUGCUGUUGUUAAAGGAAGGUAAGAAUGCAAAUGAUAAUGAUAAUUAAGGUAGUCUGUGCUAUUAUGAAGUUAAAAAUGUUGUUUUCAAAGAGGGGUCUUAAAGUUUUUUGACAAACCUGAUGACCAUGAAAAUGCAGGAAACAAAAACAUGACUGGAAUUCAGUGGAAGUCUCUUAAAGCCCACUCUCCAGCUAUCUCAGCGACAACAAUCGCUGAGAUGGCAUUUCAAGCUCAGUGAUCACUGAACUUUUUUUUUCUCAGUGAUCGCAGCGAUCGUAACAACCAUAGGUAACCAGGCUUUACUCAAUUUGAAUGUAGGCUUAAUAAGAAUCAAGCCAGUAUGGUCAUUGUCAAGUUUAAAUGUUUCUCUUUUGUUUCUUUUUGAUAUGCACAUCCUUUCUUUUCAAGAACUUUCAGUUAGAGUUUGCAAGCCAUGAAAUCCUGUUUAUCCUUGAUUCAAUGUCGUUGUCAAAAUAAACCUCCUCAAUUUGCUAAAAUGAACCAAGUUGCUUGAUCCUUCCAAUUUUUAUCUUGUGUGGUGUUUGUUCAUCAGUAUGGCAAGGUGAUGUUGAGGGUAACUUGUACCCGGUUUAGCACCCCAGCAAAAAGCUAACUCUUAAAGUAGGUUAAAUACGGUCAGUUGAGCCUGAGUUCAGAUUUUACCUGUAACAGCGAUACAAAGGUUGAAUGACAAACCAUUAGUGUGGCCUAGUAAAUGAAAGCUGCUUAGACUCCCAUUGGUCCACUUGUGUUUGUAUGUGUAACACUUAACUGUCAUGUGUUUUCCCUUAAGGUAAAUUUUUCUAUGUCUUGUUACAGGGAUCUGACUUUUUGUGACUCUUUAAUAAAAAUUAUUACUUUUUCACAGUUCGAGGCAUUUGUAUCUUUGCCUGUUUUAUAGCAAAUAAAAGUUACGUGGGGGGGUUCUUAUGGUAGUUUUAAAAAAAGUUUAACACAGUGGAGAAUAGUGACAUAAAGGAUUUUUGGAAGGAAAGAGACAAAACAAAUAACAAUCAGUAUUAAAUAGUGGUGGCAUUUUUCAGUGUCAAGAGGAAAAAGAUAUAUACAUCUACAUUGUGUGAUAAAAAAGACAAGAAUCACUAACUUCACUCUAUUACACUUUCUAGUAAAGUGAAAUCCCAUUGCCUCCGCAAAAUUUUCACAUGUGGCAUCUGGACGGAUGACAGGUCUGGUCAAGCACUGUUGUAUUUUGAUUUCACUUACGUGCCACUUUCAAAUCAAACUCUCCUUUGCAAACAAGCUUUACAUGCACAUAAACUGUUCAGAGCUCAAGGGUACUAUGUGAAUUGACAAAGAGUGGUCUUCACAAAUGACUGGUAUUAAAUUAAUAUUAAGCAGCCCAAAAGUGGAAGAGGAACUGUUUUGAAUGGUGCAUAUAGAAAUUGAUAUUGAAAUUCACUCUAAAGUAUGCAGGUUAGUUGACCAGUAACACAAAAACAUGGUUCAGAUUCUAAGACGAAUUCAGUUUUAUUUUGCUUGAGUUAAUACAUUCAGUACCACAAGGUUCACGAUUCAAGUAAAAAGGUAUUUUUCCUUUUUUUGUAAGUAAUGUCGUCUGUCUUGAUUGCGAAGGAAAGUUUAGCAGAUGAAGGUCGCAAUUAGGUGUAGUCAGGUCAAUACUACACGUGACAUUUAUGUUUAUGAUCUAAUCUUAUGUUGUUGACUAACAAGAAAGAUAACAUGAGUUAAGCAGCUUUCAUAUUAUUAUGAUCACACUAGUGGGGUAUAUAGACAUAGACCUCUCAUUUUUUGAUACUGGCAGCAACAUUUUUAUUUAUUCAUUUGUGUUUAAUUUUAUAAACUUACAACACGUGUACAUACAUUAACCAUAAUAUAUAUCAACAACAAAAAAGAACAAAACAGAAAAAAAAAAAGGGAAGGGGUUGCAAAAUUUCAAAGCACUGUCAAGGAAUAGCAGUGACUUGACAGCACUGUUUAAAAAGGUUUAAAUUACCCUCAAAAUUGGAGUGUUCUAUGCAUAUCAUGUAAUUUGUUUUUUAAUUGAAUUGAAAUGUUACGGUUCUCAACUGGUGUUUCUGGUUCAAAACUUCUGAAUGUGCAUGUACGUUUAUUAUAAUGAUAAUGUGAUGUUAAAUGGCUACUACUUACUUAGAAUAUUGGCUUUUGGGUAUAGCAAAUUAUCUUUUGAUAAUGAAUGCUGUUUAACCCUUUAAGUCCCAAUAUAAUGACAAACAUCAAUUUUCUCUUAAUAAUAUCCAUACAUUGUCAAGAGAAAUGAUCAUGAGAAUUGAUAAAUUGAUCGCCAUAGAGAAACUUCUUUGAUCUGUCAUCAAAUUCUCUCAACUAAUCCUCUAAGAAAAUGUAUAAAGAUCAGUUUGGAGCAUUUGUAGGUGGAUAUUGGGGCUUAAAGGAAACCAGCUCAGAUAUUUGACACCUUCAAAGUGUUGCGUUAUCCCCUGUAGUCCAGAAUCAGACACUGCAAGCUACUGAUUCUCCAUUUUGUGUGUUUAUCUAUUUAGUCCUCGAACUGAUGAGCCAUUGAUGCUUCCGCUGUUAAAGGCAGGAUUUGACAGGGUAUGUAGUUUUAGACACCAUGUCUGUAAAUGAAAAAGAAAACAAACAAAACAAAAAACACAUUUCUGGAAGUGUUUGUAACAAGGCAGGAAGAACAUGUAUUAUCUCGAGAGCUACAAAUAACAGAUGGUCAUUGGACAAUGUCUAAGUAAAAUUUGCCCAUGUAGGUCUGAGAAAAUCCUACCUAAGGCUGGACAUGAUGACCAGACAGAUCUGAUUGCAAAGGCUAUUAUUGUUUUGUAGCUGAAGAUUUGUAUAGUACAGUGGAACCUCAAUAUAAUGAAGGGCCAAGGAACUGACAAAAUUUGUUCACCUUAACAAGGUUUUUUUAUAUCAAGGUUCUCUUUCAUAUAUUUUACUAUUACUGUGGUAAAGAAAAUUGUUUAUAUUCUGGGGACUUACGUUAUGUUACUUCUAUUAUAUAGAGGUUCGGUAAAUCAAGGUUCCACUGUAAUUAAAGGGAUCAAGGUCAACAUAAUGAAUUUCCAACAACUUUUCUUGUUUGUCCAGCUAACAUGGUGAACUUGUUGGAUAUUUUUCAAAGGAAAAAAUUAAUUAUUUUGCUGGCCUGUCAUAUACCCUAAGCUUUGUUAAGAAGUGAAGUUUUCCGUGCUUAUCCUAAGUGAGGGGUUGGUCUUUUAGACGUGUAGUUACUGAAUUAUGUUAUCAGAGUGAUUAAAUUUGUCCUUCUUGUUUGCUUAUUUGUUUGUACUUUAGCAACAAAAGAACAACAGACUAGCACUUCUUAAAAAAAGGUCCUUAACUUCAGAGGUGUUUGUCCUUAAGCUUUGAAGAGAGACUGUUUAGAGGUUUUAAACUCUCCAUCAGUGACUCGCAAAAUUUGAAAAUUUCAUGCCAAGGCCUAUUAUUUUACUUUAAAUGGCAAAGGUCUUUGGUUGACAGUUAGGUACAACCUGGCGACAUUUGUUUUGUUCACUUUACAGCGAUUUGUUGAAAAUGCGAAUGUUGGUGCCUGCCACAAUGAGCUGCUCAUGUUGGAACAUGGAGAAGUACAGUCAAUGUUUAAACUCCGGGCAACAAGCUGUCUCUUCAGUGCAAUCGAGAAUUCCCAUGACGCUGUCGAGAUAACAAGUCUGGACCCAGAGAAGCCUGAGCUACGGGUCGAGGUAUGCAACAAGAACUUUUGAUAUCAUGCAAAUGUGCAGUAUUAGUGGAGCUCUUGCAGGUGUAGCCUGCGAAAACAUCCGUUUCUCCUCGCUCUUCGCCGCCGUGGACGUUUCGUGAGGAGGAACAUCUGCGACUCAGCAGCAGAAAUUCCAUUUUUUUUUAAAGUUCCCUGCUGACCAGUCAUUGGUUUUCAAUUGAUCACAGGCUCAGGUCCAGUUUUUUCAGGAGGAAUUCAGUUUGUUUGUAUUUUAUGUUGAAAGUUGAAUGAAGGAAAAAGGAUUAUUAUUUAAAAAUCUUACAAGAGUUUUGCUUUUGGCCUUGGCAAAACCUAUAUAUUGUUAUUUUAACCUACUGGUGGACGGCCGAUUUUGAGCAAGUCCCCUUUUCAGUUGACUGAUGUAGUUACAAUUCAAUUUCGACCCUGCUCUAAGGGUCGCCAUAGAGCCUCCAGUAGCUCAGUGGUUAUAGCGUCCAAACUACAACUCGGAGGGUCAUGAGUUCAUAUCUCACCUGGAGUUCAGAAUUUUUUCUGAGCUGUCUGUUCUUAGAAUUCUUCUUCUUCCAAAUUAUAAUAUAUGUAUUAUUGCAUGGGGAAGUAUCAUGAAAAGCUUGAAGUAUAAAUUUUUGAGCUUUUACUCUCAAUUGUCACCUUUUAAUAACAGGGUUUUAUUAUGUUGCAUUUCAGUAUGUUAACCCUGCAUUUGAGAGAAUGACUGGGUACUGGAGGCCAGACGUUAUUGGGCAUCCCAAAUCCUUAGUCAUGAAUAGUGAACAUGAGAAGCCAGUAAGUUCUUCCAUUCCUUUUGACUUAUUGCCCAUGGAGCAAACUGCACUCUUAUGAAUCAACUAUGAGGAUCUGACCAGAUGACCUUUUGUAAACAAGAAGUUAAAAUAAUAAGUAAUGCCCAUUGUCUUGACAUUAUCCACCUUUUAUCAAGUGACCAGUUACCAGAGUCCACAUCAACAAAAUUGUCAGUAGAUGACUACACUGCUAUUUACUGAAUUUGCUGUUGUAGUUGCUUGCCAAAAGAUGGCAGAUCUUUAUUUAUCUUGUCUAAUGUGUUUUAAUUUAGGAACCAUACGAAUCUAUACAUGCGCACUUAAAGAAAGGGAAGGUAAGUUUAAGGAAACUUAAAGGAAAUUUUAUGAUCACAUCCAAAGCAAAGCACAGUAAACCUGUACAAGAAAAUACCUAGUAGGAACUGGAAAAGAUACUGUUUUUAAUAAAUGUUAACUGUAUGUAAUACAGGCAAAUCAAGGAGAGAACGUCAUCACAGGACAAACGAAUAAUAUUUUAUUUUAUUAUUUUAUUUUAUUCAAGUGCACCCAUGCGAUGGCACGCACUGUCCAAUAGGGACCUUACAAUCUGACAAGGGCGACAUCCAUGAAAACGCCGCUGAAAAAUCUACUUUGCAUCCUGUCGAACUAUUUCGCGAUUAUCCUAAGGCACCCUUUUACUUAAAAGAAGGGAAUUUAGGUUGGAGCCGAAGAGAGAGGGGACCGUGCCCUAGUUCAGACAUUUGUCGUGUUGCCAUUUCCAUUCUCAAGUUAACUUAAAAUUUGGUCAUUUCAUGUCGUCAUUGUGCAGGAACGGCAAAGAAAUAUCCAAAAAAGCGGGAUGCACUUGCAGAGUUGUUUUUCUUACUAAACUUAUUGCUUUUUUGAUGUUUCUGUUCCAGUCACUGUUGUAGUUUCGCAAGGUCCCUGUUUACUUAGGCCUGACACGUACUGUCCUAUUAUUGCUGACAGCCAAUCAGAUUAGAGAAUUUUUUUAGAGUUAUGAUUACCGGUAAUAUUGUUAUGAUGGGCCAGGGUAAAGACCACAUGUACCUGUAUCAAAAGAUCAUCAGUGCACAAGUUAAUGCUACCAGUCACUGACCUGUCAAGAUUUGCUGCAAAGAAUAGUAAUUAUUCUUAUCAGUUACGACCAAUAUAUGAUUGUAAAACCGUUUUUAUAUUGCUACAAUAUACUGCUCGUUAAUUUGAAACUACAUUUAUAUCAUUUUGCACUAGCCAUUUUGAUCCUCAAUAUUUUUUUUUUUUUUUCAGCCAUGGGAAGGAAAAGUUCUAGGAAAAAGAAGAAAUGGGGAUACUUUCUUACAAAAUGUCAACAUUAUUCCAGUCAUCGGCAAAGGAGGGUAAGGAUUUUUCUGAAAUGUUAAUAGGUUUGCUUAAUAAGUUAUUAUUUUAUUCUUUGAAGCCAAUUACUGUGCAACUUUAACAGGGUCUACAUCCAUGAUUGUUUUGAAUAGAGUUGUGGGUUCUGGGCUUCUGUCCAUCCCCUUCAAAUGAAGGAGAAAACACCAACAACUCAACAUCAACCCCCAAACUGCACCGAGGCAGGGUCCACCCUGUCUGGUGUUCCAAUCAGGGUUUCAACCAGUGCUGUCCUGCUUAACAGAGCUGCACUCUUCCAAAUGAGCCACCCAGGAGCCAAUUAAUAAUUUCAAUUUGCUGCUCUUUGCUUAAAGGAAAGUCUCGCACCAUGUCACGUUGAAGAGAGAACUCUCGCAAGCCAAUCCUCUUAAUCAAGUCAACAUGAACAUGGAAGUUAACAUUGCUUCGGUAAGUUUAUCUUUGAUGUGUGAGGACAGCAUACGCUUUGCCUUGUCAAUUUUGACUACCUUUCCCUUUGCUGUAAAGUUUCGAAUGUCAUGAAUGUGAUGGCAACAUCUUACAUUGGUGUCACGUUUUAACAUAGAAUUCGUUUUCUUUCAGCCAACCACAGCCGGUGGAGUCACAGAGCAGGUCCAAAUAAAUGCAUCAACAAAUGGUAUGAUUAAAGAAUAAUGAAUUCUAAUUAUUAUAUUUUUUAAGUAGACAUUCUCAAAUCUUGAGUGCAGUCCAGAUGAAAUUCAGAUAAUUAUAUCUGUCCUUUAAUCCAUACUCGUGAAUAAAAUCGUGAUGCUAGUCAAAUUGAUACUUUAUGAGCUGAAAUUUCAGAAGUGUAUUGAUGACAUAAGAUACUGAAUGACAGUGGAAAAGUUGAAACUCAUUUGAAAGGAUCGUAGGUGUCCUCACAGCAAGUAAUAGUGACAUAAAACUUGAUGAGACUCAUUCUAAGUCGCUUGAAAAGAUGGCGGGUAUCGUGAAUAAGGCCCAUUAAUUUAGACCCUGAGUGUUUGCCAUGGCCAUGGAAUAUGAACCCAUGACCCCCCAUUCCGCAAAUGCCCCGCCCCGGCUGGUUGCAUGUUAUUAUUGUUUGACCUAAUCUAACACUUACAACUCUGCAUCAGGAGGUUAUCUCAGAAGACACUCAACAACAACAACGACCACCAAAAUAGAGGCACCCAUUACAAAAGUAAGAAGGACAUUAUGACGGAAUCCACCAGGAAAUUGAGUAAUCUUCAAAUUCAGUGGACGAAAACCUUGUACCAGAAUAAUUUUAAGUAUAUUGCUUUCUUUUUACAUUUUCAAGGGCUAAAGAUUUUUGGAGCCCGAGAAAAUAACGUCAAAUUUCGCAAAAUUACACCUUACACAUUAAAUUUUCAGAAUUUUAACCAUGUUCUCACAAUUCUUGAGAAAUUUGAGAUUGAUUUUCUCGGACUCCCAUGAGAAAUCUGCUUUGGUGUUAUUACAUCUUGAGCCCUUGGAAAAUGUAAAAAUGCAAUAUUCUUUAAAUUAUUCUGUUACAAGGUUUUUGUCCACUGAAAAUUGAAAUUACUCAAUUUCCUGGUGGAUUCCGUCUUAAUUUUUUAGGUAGCUUUAAAGUUAACACUUACUUGUACCUUCUUUCUGUGGACUGAACUUUUUAAUUUCAAGCAUAAUACAUAGCAUAAUACAUAAGCAUAAUUAUUGGGGGCAUAAUGCUGUUUCAACUUUUAGUCCACCUUUUCCCCACUAACCUUAAACCACAAAAAAGGUGGUAGAAGUUUUAACGUACUAGUAUCGGGGCUUUCACUUAGAACCGGGUAUCAGGGAUUUUCGGCAAGCCACUCUUAGCAUGACCCCUGGCUGCUUUCAUAGAAACCUAAAGAAAGAUUCAACCAAGACAACCUCCUAGCUGUCCAGGUCCAUACAGACCUACUAAUUGCAAUACCCUGGCAACGUGAUGUUUUAGUCUCAGCCUUGGGGUUGGGCCCAGGAUGCAAAGUAAGCCAUUUGGGCAAGCUGUAGCUAGCAUACUGGACAGCCGUGACUCUUCCCCUUUAUUAUUUUUUUUUAAACAUUUCACGUGUUUUCGUCCAGAUGCCGAGCUGUUGAUAGAUAUGUAAGUGUGGAUUAAUCACUUGUUAUCAUAUUCUUUAACAGGUAAUAAAUAUGCUUUCAGCCGCUCAAGAAAAUAGUCCUAUGUCUGUUGUACAUGCUCUAGACAGAGUUUUGGUAAGAAAUCUUCAUUUUCAUCUCAGUUGGCACAUUGUUGCGUAGAAGCAAAAUAUAUUUUUAGUUCAGCCAGCAUAACUGGUGCUUUAUGAGCCUAGCGGAGCGAACGCGGCAUUUCACGCGAAGAACGAGACGAGCGCGAAAUGCCGCGUUCGCCUUGCUUGGCUCAUAAAAUAAAACGUCCGUUACGCAGGCUAUUUUUAGUGUUAGUAUCUCUUUGGAAGUCUGCAGUCCAAAUUUUCAACCAUUCAACAGCACUGACAAGAUCAGGAUAGUGAUAUGUUAUCAGUAUGGAAUUUCUGCGCACGUUCCUCAGACGGCGUUUCGCGGAGAAAUCGUUCUUCGCUAAAUGUCGGCUGUUUUCAGGCUGUACUUAGUUUCGCCAAUUCUUGGUAGGAUCACCGCAACGGCGUGUGACGCCACUUCGCGGUCCCAUAGCAGUCCCUCCCCUCACGUGAUCGACCACCACGCUACCGGGGACUAUGAACCCAACUCUUAACGAACAGUGCGCGGGUUCUUUAACGUCCAACAGAAUUUACGUGUGCAAGGGUUGUGAGGCGGGGCCUUCGGUUUAUCGUCCUUAUCCGAGAAUACCAGAAAGUCUAACUGUUUGCAGUUGUUUGACAAAGGCAGUACUUUCUCCUCAGUUACUUAAAGACACCGAGUGUUGGUCCGGCCGGGCUUUCAACCAGUUUCGGCCACCCGCUCGGCAGACCGGCGCUUAUCUAAUUAAGCUAACGUUGCGACGGUAGGCUAGAUCACUAUAAACUUCGGAGAUUUUCCUUGAAGGCUUGAAUCAAGUUUACUUCACUUGUUAUCUGUCCACUGUCAUGUCAAUUUACAUUCAGAAUAAUGACAGUUCUGCAAACUGCGUUUGUAGGAAAUUCUUCGACAAGCGGAACUGUAUUCUCCCUUUACUUCAACGGAAGAAGAUGUUAUGAGUAAUGAGCUAGUAGGAGGUCUCAUGAGCAACGUGAGUACAGAAAAUUGAUCCCUCACUUUGCACGGUGGCACCAUGGAGCCGCUCUCGGAAGAGAAGCUUUUAAAUUCAGUUCGAAGACGACUAUGAUUUACUAUUUUUUACUAGAGAUUUGAUUUAAAUUUUUUUUUUCCCGCGUAUUCUCAAGAAUUAGACUCCCCGGAAAGCUUCAUUGAACUUUAUUUUUCACCAGAAAAGGUAAAAUUUUUUUUCCAUUGAAGGAGGUUGAGCCCUCCCCUGAUCAAGACCUGAAUGAUGAAAGUUCUAACAUUUUAUAAUUUGUUUCCGUCACUAUGACAUUCUCGCUAAAACUCAUAGUAGAGUGACGACGGUUAUCGCGUUUUCCCGCCAAAAUGACGCUGGUUUACGCUUGCGCAGCACUUAGUAUUCAGAAAAUCUUGUUCUCGAAGCCUUCGUCGCAUCUUAGAAUCUAAAGAUCUCUAAUGAGUAGUUGAUGUACGACCAAAAGGACGCCUGUAAUCCUUAAAAGCUAUAACAGAUGUGUUUUCAAAAGCCAAUGAAAAUAGAGCUUUCUGAGCGCUUGGUGAAUCCAGAAAUAAUGGAAGAAAAAAAUUCAAGUCGAAUCCAGUCCUCGUAGUCGUUCUCGUCCUCGAAUCUAGAAGUCUCUAAUUAAAAGCCUGUGAGCGAGCUCUCCACGAUAGGAUAACACACAAGUAUCGCAAUCUUUUGUAGCUGGGUCGUGCGUGACCUGACACUCGCGAUUUUCAAGAGAGAGAGAGAGAGAUUGCUUUCAGCUGAAAGAGUCAUUUUUUUUUAAUCUUAAUUUGCGUUUCCCGUGUUCAUGGAUCACCGCAAAUUCGAAAUUGAUCUAUCGUCAUCAAAAUAAGUCUUGACACGUCUUUCAACGCUUUUCAACAAAUCCCACUUUUAGCUUUUCCAACACUACCUUCUUUAAAAAAUAAAGAAACAUGUCCGCGAAAAAUGCUGUAACACUACUCUUACAAAUUUUGUCUGCAGCAAAUAACAACCAACUUCGAUUGGGAGUAUGUGUGGGGAGUGGAGUCGGUUUUUUUCCUCUAGUAUCUCUCUUUCGUAAACGUGUUUCAACACUUUUGUUAACGAUUAGUUGCUUAGCUGUCCUCCAGUGUGUGAAAAUGUGCUGUGUUUUAUUUCAGGGCCGAAGGAGGCCUUCGUGUGAUGUGCUGCCUAAACCAAGUAUGAACUUAUUCUACACAUUUGGCAGAGGUCUGAGCCUAAUGCUUGCACUUACAAUAAUUUCUAACUUUCAUGAUAAUUGGUUUUAAUCGAAUUAAUAUUAAUAAUGCCGUCGGUGUUCUUAAGGUUUUGUAAUCAUGUUAAUUUCUUACUCGUCUGAACACAAACUGAACUCUGAUUUGUUUUAACCUCACUGAUGAUAGAUGCAAACGUUGGUUAUGUUUUUCUAGGGCUAAUCUCUGUGAUGGUAAUACAGUGGACUGUUCUAGGUGUCCAGAUAGGAGGGACAGUGUAAAGCGAAGGACAGAGUGAAAAAAUGUGGCAAAGAUUAAACCUGCCCUUUGCGCUGUCUGACUAUCUGAAUGCCUGUAACAGCCUACUAGAGUGGUGUGGAAACGCCCAUUUUAACUUCGCUUGCCUCCCAUGACAAAUGCUUGUUUAAUGCUUAUAAGAUCUGCCUUAAGCCCUAUUAAACCAAUAAAACAUGGUUAGUUAAACCCUGUUUAACGAAAUGAAAAGAAAUAAAAGAGAACUAAACAACAAGUUUUAUUUAGAAUUCACGGAAAUAUUGACAUCUGCAUUCAUUUGUGGACCUUUGUGGCAAAGUUGUAGUUGACAAAAACCAUGAGGCAGCCUUUAUGACGGAAACAAAUUUAAACCAUGUUCAACUUAACAACUUUUAAACAUGUUUAAGAUUUGGUGUAAAUGCGGAAUAAAACCGCCAACUACUUUAUAAACCCCAGCCUCUUCUUGCAUCCAUUUUCAAUGUUUUGUGCUCUUCAGCAAAUUGUCCAGUUAACUCUGUAAACUGCCGGCCCCUAGAAAAUGCAGUCAUUUCUUCCGAAAACAUGGACUGUACUUGUCACGGACCCCACUUUCCUCGCCUUACCCGGGGCAAGCUGUAAAAAAUGCACCAUAUUUAAGUCACAAUGUAUUUACCACGAAAGUACUAAUUGAGGACACUACUUAUACGUCUUCUACUGGAGACAUAUAAUCAUCUUUUUAUUACGAGAAUAUUUCGGAUUGAGCAAGUGAAAGCCGCGACAGGAGUGAGGCAAAGGCUGUUUAAAAGUAGCGAAAGGACAAAAUCAAAGUGAAAAUGAGUUUGGUCCAUAAAUCGAGCGUUGUGAAAUUCUAAUUUUUUUUUUCUGUUGCUGUACAAAGAAUCAUAUUCCAAUUUACCCGAAUUUUCUGUCAUGGAUGGAUCAAUGAAGACAUUAAAUAUGGCCAUAACAUCGUGACCAACACGCCUUCGUCUCAAGGGCGUUUUGUUAAUGGAUCGGAAUGUAAAUUUAUAUUAAGACAAGUUCGUCCCAACUUGUUUUGUCAGGUCCUAAGGAAUCUUCACAAAGCAGUGUGCGGACUCCAAUCUCUCAUCUUCAGGAGGCGCCAUCAGAAGUCAUUGCAGCUAUGGUGGAUGAUGCAGACUGGGAUUUUGAUAUUCUCAAGUUGGAAAAAGCCUCCAAUCACAGGUGAGAUGUGCUCUUUAGAAUGAAUGAAUGAAUAGGAAAAGAAGACUAGGAAGAAGCGGUUAUGUAGGGAUCUUGCUUUCAAAACUUCGCUCUGGUCUGUUAACUUUUGAUUUUGCGGUGCAGGCUUACUUUAAUUCCGGUUUAGCAUGCUCUCAGUAUUUCCUGUUUUCCGUCACCAUUCCAGGAAAGACUGGGGAGAGAGAAGAAACUGUGAUGUCCGCAAAGACUUGUGGGACUGUUACUAGGGGCAGGGAAGAAAUUGGCCAAUAGCUGACCGGCGCGUCCCCAGUAACCAUCCCAGAAACAAUUGCGGGACGCAUUUCUGCUCCAGUUCCCCUCUCGUCUCCAAAGUGGCGAAGACGGCUUUUUUUCUUUCUUGUCUUUUUAUAUUUUGGGCGGAAGAGAGGGAAUCCGGGGGCGUCUGAUUUGCCCUGCCGUGUUUGAUCUGUCCUGCAUAUGACCAGAAUCUACUAAUUGCGCACCUCAAGAAAACGCCUAAUCUUAAGGCUCUCCUGCCUCACGAAAGCAAUGUAGACGAUCAGAUCUUAAACGCGUAUUUUCGCAAUCGGUCUCUAAAGUGGUUAAGUUCGUAGAGGGUUAGUUGUCUCCUCGUGCGAACACUCAACCUUCAUUCGUGGUAAACACUGAAAGUUAUAGGCAGGUAUAAUUUUUUAAAAAAAUAAUUCUUCGUUUCUCGCUUUAGGCCCUUGUACUUUUUGGGAACAAAGAUACUCAACAGAUUCAGGGCCUGUGAGAAUCUCAAUAUUUCUGAAGACGUUCUCAAGAAUUGGUUACAAGUAAGUCUAUUAUGAUCUUGUUAACGGUGUAAAUACUACAAGAAAGUUCUGCGGAAGACCUGCUUGAAUUUGAAUUCGGUAUAAGCUAGCGUGGUUGACCUAUUUUGACCAGAAUUAGCCAUUAUAAUGUAAAAAUAUAACCUUCCACUUGAUUUUUACUAUAAUACAGUACGACACCAGUAAAUUGUUGUCCUCUUUUGUUCUUUUCAGUUAAUAGAAUUAAAUUAUCACUCUAAGAAUGCUUAUCACAACUCCACGCAUGCAGCAGACGUUCUUCACGCCACAGCGGUGUUCUUGGAGAAAGAGAGGGUCAAGGUAAUUUCCUUAUUUGAGACCGUGACGCAAUAUUCUUUCCCGCAUUACUCACCACUUGUAGUGCGUCUUUUAGGCGGGAAUUUCAUAGCGGCUCUUCUGAUUGGUUGUUUUCUGUUUGGACUGAGAAGCACGAGACAAACAUCUCAGUAUCUGUCAUGGACACUUCCUUUGAACCUUUUGACGUUUUCACGGUUAUAUCACUCGGUAAAUUCAUUCCAGGAAUUGCUGGAAAAUCUCUAGAAUUUUGCAAUUUUUUUUCCAGCGCCGUGAAAACCCCUUAAAAGGUUUCUCUUGCUCACCUGCCUGGUAAAAUGCCUGGAGUUUUUUUAUUGUUUAGCUGCAGGUGGCUUAGUAUGUGUUAGAUUGAUUGUUCAGGGAUAGAGGCUGCUAAUUAUUUUAAAAUAAUUAAAAUUGGUAAUAGGCCAUUUACAUGAUGGCGUCAUUUUACUACCAUGACAAGGGUCCUUCAGGGUUUUGCUUUCUUUUGCAAAUUAGGGCUUUUGUUAUUUAAACCUCACUGGGGCUACAAAAUUUAAAUAUGAAAGGAAAAACGAAAAGAAUGCAAAUGGCCUAUUUUUGUUAUCGGCGUUCCAAUUUUUUGAAUCCUGGAAUUUCUGUCUCUGUACCCAGAUAAAUUCCCAAAAAACCUGCUGUAGUUUCAAUGUCUUUCAUCAGUAGGAGCCUGGGAAGCGUUCACACGUGCCGGUUUUUUUAUUCGCGAAAUAUAUUCCUGAUCCAAAGGGGAAAAGACUCAGUGUAACCACAUCUGUUGGUUUUGGUUUUGCUUGCAGGCCGUCCUAGAGCCACUUGAUGAAAUAGCGUCAUUAAUAGCAGCUGUAGUACACGAUGUUGACCAUCCUGGUUACACUAACUCGUUUCUUUGUAAUGCUGGUAAUGAGCUGGCUAUCCUAUACAAUGAUAUCGCCGUGUUAGAGAGUCACCAUGCUGCUUUAGCAUUCAAGCUAACUGCUCGAGAUGAGAGGUCCAAUAUAUUCAAAGGACUUGACAUGUAAGCGUCUUUUGUGUAUGAUAAUUUUGUUACUGCUGGUUAUUUAACGUCCAUUUUGGACCCCAUAGCGCGUUUGCAUUCUCGUGGCCAGAAACUAUGCGGAUUUAUUGGAUUUUGGAACAAAAACGUUCAACUCCCACAGGACUGGUUUAAAACACCAACACGUUCACUAUUUCAGCGGUUUGGGACACCAAUAUUGCCGCCGUGACGUCAUUUGAAAACACUCUAGUGGGUCUCGUCACAUAACUUACCAAUAAUGGCGUUAUAUUGGCAGUAAGGCGGGUACUGUUAUAGGAUUCCUUGGGGGUCUGUGGCGUUUCCUAUUCCUAUAUGAUGUGCCAAUGAAAAUUGGCAAAAUUCUGAUGGUAACGUGGGCUGCCUUGCGUGAUGUACUAACAUUGGCAAUGUAUCCUUAAGGUAGGGAAAACAGCGGUGCUUCGUACAAGAUGUGGCAACAGCGGAAAGGCGAGAGUUUGGUGGGGUUAUUUAGGUGGUGUACCAACGAUUGCACUAUAUCGGUCGCAAGGCAGGCGCUGGCACUCUUCACAUGAUGUGCUAAUGUUGGUACAGCAGUGAUCAUAUCGUUCAGCGUGUUACAGAAUAUACUGCCACGGUCUUUUCAUCAACAGUUUUUUUCUUUGCUUUGAUAGGGAUGCAUUUCGCACAAUCCGUCAAGCUAUAAUCGACAUGGUAAUGGCAACUGAGAUGACGAGGCAUUUCGAACAUCUCUCAAAGUUUGUUAACUCGAUCAAUAAACGGCGUACUUCUAGCAUGGACGAGGUACACUCGGUGGUAAGACUCAGCUUUCUUCUUUAUCAUCUGCACCAAAGCAAUAAAGUUACUAAGUUGUCACUGUGAACUCUAACUCUAAGUGAACUAUGCUUUCUUCGGUAACGAGCUGCUAACUCUUGUGUUUGUGGAUGAAAUCCUCUGGUGUGACCGUUCAAAUGACACCUCUCCAGCAGUACUUUCACGUCAUUAUGGUAGUACUACUUUUUUUCACCAUUUUACAAAAUUUAAAUCUUUUUUUCCAAGAAAUUUUUACUGAAAUUUGAUUGCUUCAUUUUGAAGUAGUUCUGUCGUUACGGUUGGUUCCGUUUACGCCAGGACUGGCGAAAAUCCCCUCUUACUUUGUGUUUUUGGCCAGUUACCAUUUUGAAAUAUUCCUUCGGUUCUUUGUUAAAAGGUGAUUAAAUCAGGCACGAACUUCGAAUGUAAAGCGGUUCGAGUCUCGUGUUACACACAUUCGCGCUUUUUGAAUCCAGCGAUGAGCUGAUAAUCCGCUUACAGCUAGGCUUACAGGGCGCCCAACUUUGUUUUACUAUCAAGCGGUGAACAUUCUUGAUGUCUUGUUAUUUUCACAGCACAGUGGACGGGGUACGCCCGACUCCACCGCAUCUUCAGCUGUAGCUCUUAAUACACCAGAAAACCGAACAUUGAUCAAAAGGAUGCUCAUCAAAUGUGCUGAUAUCGCCAAUCCAGCCCGGCCUCGUUACCUCUGUAAGGAAUGGGCAUACAGAAUAGCUGACGAGUACUUUUCACAGGUGUGCCGAUAGUAAUUUGCACUAGUGUCAAAAUUUUGUCUGUUGUCGGACGUGUUAUAUAAAAGGGAAACUUGUGGAGGGUAUGUUAUUUUUGUGUUGCACAUUUUUUGGUCAAAUCUUAGCUGAAAUUAUAAGUAAGUGGUCUCUGCCAUCUUUUGUUAAUCUUGGAACUCUAAAUAAAGAUAUUAUAGUUUUGUCCAAGAGAAAACAACAGCGAUAGGUUUUCGGUCAUUUUACGACAGAUUGAGAAUAAGAAUUAACCUGAAAAAGUUGGUCCAAUUUUUUAUCAAGUUGCACUGAAUCCAUUUUCAUCCUGGCCAUCGAAAGCCAGAGACAAUCACAACAUAAAUACAGUCGAGGUAUUUUAGCAGAGUAAUUUUAAAGACAAAUGGACCAUAACUUCAAUGUUCCUGGGAAGAAAAAGGCCCUUUGCAGCUAGCCAUUCACGUGGUACAAAACCGCGACGCUGGAGAGCAAAAGUCGUACUGGGACAAGACAAACAAAAGACAUACGUAAUUUGAAAUGGUAAUUUUCUUUGUUUGCCUUGUCUCAGUGCGACUUUUGCUCUCCAGCACGGCGGAUUUGUACCACGUGAAUGACUAGCUGCAAAGGGCCUAUUUAAAUAUGUUGGUUAGCAAGGUUUUAUCCUUCAUCUUUUUCUUAGACGGAGGAGGAAAAGCGGCGUGGUUUACCUGUUGUGAUGCCUGUCUUUGAUAAACUGACGUGUAAUGUACCGAGGUCGCAGGUGUGUACGGAUACGUGUUUUAUAAUGUGUACUUUAUUUAUCAUUAUAGAAGAUCAGUCGUAUCCUCUAUAAACAAAUGAUCGCUGCUGUCGCUGAAAAAAGUUGCGGGGCAAUCGUAGCUAGAUAUAAGCAUUAAAAUCCGCAGAUCUUGUAUUAUAAUCACUAAAUGUUAUAAUUCUCCCGGCCCUGUUUUGCAUUCUCUGGAGUCUGUCAUACAGGCCUUUUCCCAUGCAUCCCCAAACCUCGGAGCUCGGAGCAAUACUCAAAAUAAGGAGUUUAUUGGAUUACAGCCACUUUUGAACCUCAUCCAAGUCUUAAUUUAACUUUUCUUCAAGAGUUGUAAGGUCAUAAGAGGAAAGACUACGCUAGGUAUCAUCAGCAUAUAUAAGGAUUGAAGAUGAUAGCUCGCAUUCUUGUAGGUCAUUUAUAUAAUGCAUCUAUCAAUGUAAUGCCGGCGGGGGGGGGGAGGCAGGGCAUGGGGUGGGGAUUUGAUUGUCUUUGUUGUCCCUGGGGUAGGGCAUUUGACUGAUCUUGUUCUCCCGGGGAAAGGGAUAUUUGAAUCUUUCUUCGCCCGACGUGGAGAUAUUUGACUGCCGACUCGGACGAAAAAGACUGAGACCGAACGUAUGUUUCCCCCUUCCACGCUUCACGCAUGCGCCAUACGGUUUGAAAAGAUCAGGAAGUCAUGAAGGCCAAUGAAAACAAGCGAAGGCUGAGUGGAUUUCACUGUUUUGUCUUCAAAUUUCGUUUGUUUUAGUGUGUUUUUGAUCAAUUGAACCUCUUAAAAUACUGUGGUAUCAAAGUAAACGGAAGUGAAGAGAAACCAAGUCGAUUUUUGCAAGUACAAUUGAUUAGUGUAUGGCUCAUUCGCUACCAUCACUGUAAACUUAUAAAACUGACUUUCUUUUACCCUUUACUAAGAACGGUAUAUUUAGACUUACAAAAUGUGGACUUCCUCUGAAAGGUUUAUGUAUUCUACGCAGUGUAACACGGAUUAUGGUUAGAACGUAUAAUUGCAGCUGUAACAGGAACAUGUAUCUUUGGUGAUGCAGCAACGUUUAUAAAAGAUUGCAGAGUUUUAUUUGCAGAUAUUUUUGUUGUGCCUUUCUUAGGUUCUGCCUUGGGAUUGACAGCAGUGUGCAUUCUGGGGUGGGGAAAUUUGGUUGCAUUUGACUGGAAUGAUUUGCCUGUGGGCAGGGAAUUUGAUUGCAAAUUUUUGAAAAAAGUCAAAUCCCCACCCCAUGCCCUGCCUCCCCCCCCCCGCCGGCAUUACAUUGAUAGGUGCAUAAAUGAGAAACUACAAGGGUCCAAGUGUAGAACCUUGUGGGACCCCACAGCUAAUAGGAAGGUAGUCUGACAGAGUUCCAUUGACAGACGUUCUCUAAAAGCGAUCUGAUAGGUGUGAUUUGAACCACUGAACUGCGUGCGGGUCAAGACCAGAAAGUUGCAGUUUUUUAAAAAAUAUGCUGUGGUCAUGCGUGUCAAAGGCUUUGUUAAGAUCUACAAUAGGAAGAGUACACUAAGAGCACACAUUUGGCCAUUAUCAAUAUUUAAGUACAAGUUGUUAGUAGGUUCAAGCAAGUGCUCGAUUAAAAUAAGUAGAAAAAGUAGUUAAAGGUCGAGACCUUGCACUCGGGCAUCGCUCUCUGAUCAACAGCUUACGUGAAACUGAUAUGCUUUUUCCUUAUUUCCAGGUGUGGUUUAUAGAUUACUUUGUCAGUGAUCUUUAUGACGCUUGGGACGGUAAGGAUUUGGUGUUGUUUUCGUCAAUUCUCUUUCUCUCUUACAUUUCAUUUUUGUUUGCUUUUUUUCUGAUCCUUGUAUGUCCCCUUUCCAGCUUUCGCAUUUGUACCAGAGACAAUCAGGCAUCUCACAGAUAACCACGAAUACUGGAAAAAAGCCGCAGAAGAAUGGGUAAGUUCUUGCUAUGUUAGGCUGUUCAGACUGCUUCUUGUCGUAUUGUUAAUCGAUGAACUCGCAAACUAGAUGCUUGUGUCAAUGCGGAGUGCAAGGGGUUAUUCCAAUAAAUACCAGAGAUCCUUAGUUUAAAUAUAUUUUUUUGCCGUACAGAAAUUUUUCAUUUUCUGAAAGAUAUUACCUCCUCAAAUAUUACACUUAAGAAGCUUGAAAGAGCUUGAACGCUUCCUCCAAAUAUGGUUAAGAUUAACCCAGGGUUAAGUCAAGUUUUAAGCGAAGUUGCCACUGAACAUGCAACUGAAGCUGAAUUGUAAAGCCUUCCCAGUUUUAAGAUAUCACUAACUUCAAGUUAAUAAGUUCAAUAAUUGGAGCCUUGCUCUUUCACUGUUUUUUUUUAUUGUUGUUGUUGAUUUGUUAUUCGGUGAAAGUUUUGUAAAUAUAUGAAUAAAUGAAUGAAUAAUUAGUGCAUCUGAAGAAAAACUCUAAUAAUGGUGUCAGCUCAGCGGGAUUCACGUGUAAUGAAAUGCAGACAGAUGCCUACUCAAGCCUCUCAUUUAUUCGUUCCGAAGAUUCUAUCCAGUGGGAGAAAACCCUGGGGGUGAUGUUGUUGUUUUCUAACACUUGCCCCUUUUUUUGAUUCUCAGGACGUUGCGUCACGAACUCCCGGUGGUGGCACCUCUGGUAACACGACUUCCGGUAAUCCAACUUCCGGUGUCUCGACUCGAAACCCGACUUCCACGUCUGGUACUUCUUCAGAGCCUCCUUCAUCGUCCAGUACAUCUCUCACUUCGUCAUAG